UCCCUCAUCUGUCCAAUAUGGCGUCAGUGUGAGCGCUGACGGGUGCUGGUGUGAAGCGGCGUCGGUCGGCCUGUCAGUGAGUGAGGCACCAAGUCCUAUCCCCGUCCCAGCAGCCGGCUGCAACCCUUCCCGCUCCCGCUCUGUCUGCACGCUUUCUCGAGGGGUUGACGGCGUCGGUUUCUCUCUCUUCACCCCUCCUCUCAACCUGCUGGGGGGGGGACCAAGGAGAACCGUGGGUUGCAAUGGCGGCGGCGGAGGCUUGAGGAGGCAGCGCGCUGUCCGUGUGUUGGCGCCAGUCCUCGGGAGCCAUGGCAGCGGCGGCGGCGGCGGCGGCAGCGGCAGCCGACUCGGCCCAAUGGCUCUCGGUGAAGGAGGAGACGCUCUUUUUGCAUGACGGGUUGAUCAGAGUGACCGAUCUGGUAGAGCUGCCAACUGAGAUCGGGGUUUCAGCCGAGCCCGGGGAGAAUGAACAGGAGAUUCUGACAUUUGAAACCAAAAAUCCUGAAGAGCUGGCUGAACGAUUACGAGCUGUAUGUGGGAACCAGAGUAAUGCCUAUGCUCGACUGCUUGAAUACCGCCUCAAUGCACUUAGAGGACUGUGGAAUGCACAACGGCAGUUAGCGCUUGAAGAGCAGCAUGAACGUGAAAACUCCAGUGACGAAGAGGCCAUAUCCUUGCUUAAGCGGCAGGGUUUAUUGCAACAACCGGAACAGGCGCCAUUUACCUCUCGCAUGGGCCUAUUAUUGGUGUUCCCUUUGAUCCAGUCACAGAGUAAAACUGACCCCUCCCUCUGUAACAUUACUGCUGAGGUGCUCCUCAACUGCCUUAGAGAUUGCCAGCCUUUGAGUCUCACAAAAGAACCUGCCGACUGUCUAAAUGGUUUGGAAUCCCUGCUUUGCUCGUGGUUGGAAGAAUCACCUACUUCUAGUCAUUCCAUCACAUGGAAACAGAAAGAGAACGCUGCAGCCGCACUGGUGGCUCUUGCCUGUGCAAGAGGUUCUCUGAAAACCUUCAUUCACACAGUGCACUUGUUACAAAAACAAGCAGAUUUGGGAUUUUUACCAGUUACGGACGUUCUGCAUCGGCUGCUGCUAUUAGAGGGAGGGCCUGGCUCUGCUUCUUGUUUACUUGGCAAUAAACACAUGGUGUCUUGGGGCUUUGAGGACAUGCUGUCAGCACCAGAGAGCAACAGUAGUUCCAGUGACAACAAAGAUGCAGAUUUGGGUCGCUGUCUUGCAACUGAUGGAAUGUACCUGUACACAACUAACUCCGUUGGCAAAGGGAUCAGCAAGCUGGGUUCAGGGCUCCAUGGGACACUACGCGGUUUUGUCUAUUGUCGCAACGAUGAACUUGAGGCUGGCUGGAUUGCCUUUGGCAGUACAAUUCUCCUUCACCGGCCUGCCUCCUUUGAUAGCAAACCUCAUUACAUCUUUCAAGUGAUCAAUCAGUAUACCCUGCAGGUUUCCCAGGUAGUCUCCAUGCCAUCAAAUCACUUUCCAGUUGGCAGCAACAUGACUACAGUCCAUCUCUGCUCAGAUGGAACGUACAUCUAUUGGAUCUGGUCUCCUGCUGGCUUAAAUGAAAAAACUCCCAAGGGUCAUUCUGUUUUCAUGGAUGUUUUUGAACUGACGGUGCACAAUGAGAUCUGCACUGCACACCCUCUGCAUGAGCGAUGUAUUUUGACAAGGAAAGAAGGAGAAUCUGCGAAAAGUAUAAAUGAAAUGCUGCUGAGUCGACUUUCCCGAUACCGAGCUUCCCCUUCAGCCACUUUGGCUGCUCUUACUGGCUCCACAAUUACCAACACAUUGAAGGAAGACCAUUCUGCAGCAAAUACAAGCUGUGGCUUACCUUUGAAAACCUUAAGGAAGACCCCUAUGUAUACAUGUGGAACGUACCUGGUGAUGCUUAGUGCACCACCAGGCGGAUCUGGAAGUUCUGCAACACGCUCUUUAUUUGGUGGUACAAGUGGAUUGUCCUCUUUAAAAGUUCUUUGCUCUAGUGUGGUGUUCAACGUCUCAGAUGGUCAAUUUAGUAGCCGGGCGGAUCUGAUCGACGCUGCUGGUAGUUCUCUUGGACGUGGAGCACUAGUUCCAGGACUGGGGGCUUGCUAUGAUGCUAUGAACAAUAUGAUUUGGACAUGUUCGAGUGACUACAUGGAUCAAUGGUGUAAUCCUGGUAACCAAGCAUUCCAUCAUGUGUGUCAAAGACUGGGUGUUAAUCACAUCAUCCCAGAGCCCCAAGAUGGAUCCAUUUCAACCAGUGAUGUUAUUAACCAACUUCUGCAUCAUGUGGGAGCAAUGUGCAUUCAUCAGCUUAAUUUAUUGACUGCCAGCGCUAAUUUACCAAUAUCAAACUUCCUGGGUAAACAACAUCCAAUUGAAGCACAACAUCUCAGCAGUAUCUGUGACAUCAUGGAGAAGGCCAUGGCCAACAGGGACACUUGCAUUAUCCGAUGUAUUCUUGUUGUUUUUCAGGUAAUAUUCAAAUUUUUCUUCAACCCGCAAACAGAGAGAAACCGUGAGAUUGUACAUCGAUCUGAGUUACUACUCUGGCAACUUUUAAAGACUCCAGUUGAUGAAAUUGGUGAAGAGAUUCAAAGGGAAGUUUGCCUUGCUAUUAGCUCUGGACUUCACACAUUGUAUCUUGGAGAGCUGGAACUGAAUAAUCUUCUGAAACUUGUACUAGCUGAGGGAGAGAGAAACAGUGGCCUUUGUCAAUUGCGAGAUAUUAUCCUGAUUAAUCUAGCUGAGCAGCUCCAGAACAACCGAUUUGGAAGCGAGGAUGAUGAUCAUUACAGGCUGAAUGAUGAAUUACUUCACUAUAUUCUGAAGAUUGUGGUGCAAGACUCCUGUGUCCUUAUCACAAAGUGUCAAACGGUUUCCAAAGAAGAAUUCAUCAGGCUCCUUGCAACAGUGCCGGUUGCAUCACCUUGUCUACGUUAUUUGAUGGCAGUGCAGAAUCAUCUUCUCAGUAACACAAUCCUAAUCAAACCUGAUGACCAUGAUGAUAGUGACAGCUCCCUGCAAGGGGAGACAUUGAAGGAGCUCCAGGCCAGUAUUUUAGCACUAGCCACCAAAAUCCUAGCAGGAUGUGAUGAGGUGCUUGAAAAACUUCAGCGUGUUACCACCUCAGUUAUUAACAGUGAUAUAGCUGACAAGGAACACAGGCUGAAGGGCUUGGAACAAAUCACCAAGGCUACUUUGUUGGGCCAUUUGCUGCCAAUAUUGCUUACCUCACUAAUGCACCCAAAUCUCCAGACACUGACAAUGGCAGAUGCACUUAUGCCACAGCUUGUUCAGCUUGUUCUCUACACCAGCCAGACUGCCUUGCUAUUGAAGACACAGACUCCCGUUUUCACAGAUGUUGGUGAUGAUCUCUAUGCAGGAGCUGAACAGAGCCAGAAGGGGAAAGUUCCCCUGUUAGAUGACAGGAAUUACCGUAUGCUGGAGGAAAAGGAAGAACCUGGCUUUCUGACCGGGUUGAAGAUCCCUGCACCAUGGGCGGCAGGAAAGACAGUAGAAACAGUCCAUCCUGUGAGAGACAACUACAAGUUCAAAGAGACUGUGCAUAUUCCUGGUGCACGCUGCCUAUAUCUGAGGUUUGAUACUCGUUGCUCCUCCCAAUAUGAUUAUGACAAGCUGGUGAUUUAUGCAGGGCCAAACACAAACAGCAGGAAAGUAGCAGAAUACGGUGGUAAUACAUUGGGAUAUGGAAGCCGUAGUGUCUUGGGAACUGGUUGGCCUAAGGACUUGGUCAAGGUUGAGGGAGACACAGUUACUUUUUCUUUUGAGAUGAGGAGCGGGCGAGAGCACAACACACCUGAUAAAGCCAUGUGGGGAUUUGCUUGUACAGUUCGAGCCCAGGAAUCCUCAGAAGAUGUUUCAGGAGGGCUUCCUUUCCUUGCUGAUCUUGCAUUAGGACUUUCUGUACUGGCGUGCUCCAUGCUACGAAUCCUUUAUAAUGGACCAGAAACAACUAAAGAGGAGGAAGCAUGUCAACAGCUGCUUAGAUCAAAGUUGCUACAGAGAUGCCAAUGGCAGGUAGAAGCUAAUGGUGCCUUAUCUCCCGCGUUGACACCAAGUCCUUCACCUCUGCCACUAACUAUCGAAGAAGACCGGGAGUUCACAUAUCCUUGCGAUGCACUUGCACCACCUCCUCCAGUCACUGGGCAUUACUUUGAUUUGCCGAGAAUACGCCUGCCUCCUGGAAUAAUGGGAAAGCUCAGGGAAAUCUCUGGCCGUGCAAGACCUCAGUUCAGGCCAAGUAUUAAGGAAGUGAUUCAACCUGAUGUGAUGGAAGAAAUGGUCGUGUCAUGUGUGAUCAAGCAUUUGAAUCUGAUUGAUGCACUGCAGUCUCUGAUUAAUUUCCAAUAUCGUGAAGAGCACCUGGAAGAAUAUGACCUUUUGUGUAAAAUAAUGGGGGAAACUUUUAAAAAGCUAAAUGCUAUGGAGAGGCAACUUCAGAGCGUAGCAGAGCUUGAGCAGAAAUGGCAGAGUGAGAUAGAAGAUAGUCAGCAAGGAAAACUGGAAAACAGUACACCAUUCUUCCAUGACUAUCACUUCAAUGAGAGUAAAAUGAAGGAAUUAGAACUGCUAUGCUCCCUGAAGGAAAUGCCAUUUGACUGUAAUGAUUUGGAGAAUGUUGUCCUUUUGUUAAGAGAGAAAUUUGGUCAGGAGGUGAAUUCUUUGGCACCGAAGUCUUCGCAUUCCUUAUCAAAAACAAAAUCUUUAGUUAAAAGCUUGAUGAAUCGAGCUGAGCUAUUGUUGCACGUUACAAUAGCAGCACAGUCUGGUCUGACGAGGAGUAUUUCAGGAACACCAGCCGAUACGCCAGCAUGCAAAUCAUCUUCUGAAACCAAGAUGAUUUCUCACACUGUUCGCCAGCCUGUCUUCCUACGCAGUAUGUCAGCACCCUCUGACCUAGAAAUGAUUGCAAAUGAAGAUUUAGAAUUCACUCGAGCCAAUCAGAGGAGACGCCAUGGGAAUAGUCAUCGGAGCAGUUCCUUCACUUUGCUUCAGUCCUUAACCAUUGAGGAUAGCCGUGACAAGCCAACAUAUAGUGUGCUGCUUGGACAGCUCUUCGCUUUCAUUGGGACUAAUCCUGACCAAGCUGUGUCGAGCAGCAGUUUUCUUUCAGCUGCUCAGACCCGAUGGCGGCGUGGUAACACAAGGAAACAAGCCCUUGUACAUAUGCGUGAACUACUGACAGCAGCAGUCCGUGUUGGUGGUGUCACACAUCUGGUGGGACCUGUAACCACUGUCCUUCAGGGAGGACCACGGAUUGAAGAAUUGACAUGUGGUGGGAUGGUGGAGCAGGUUCAGGAGGCCUUUGGCGAGACCAUGACAUCGGUUGUUUCGCUUUGUGCUCGAUAUCCAAUAGCUUGUGCCAACAGUAUUGGCCUACUUUGUACUAUACCAUACACUAGGAGUGAAGAGAAGUGCCUGGUGCGAAGUGGAUUGGUGCAGCUCAUGGACAGACUCUGCAGCCUGACAAGCCAACGAGAAAGUAGCUCAAGUGAAAAACAAACAAGGAAGCAGAAGGUUGCUACCAUGGCCUGGGCUGCCUUCCAGGUACUUGCUAAUCGCUGUGUGGAGUGGGAGAAAGAAGAAGGUGUAUCAACAAAUGCAGUCCAUUCUGGGUUGGCCCGUCAGGUGUCAAGCCUGCUGACAAAUCAUCUUGCCCGUGCCACUGAAAGCUGUGGGAAUCAAGCAGCAGGGAAUGAUGCACUGCAAGAUGUACUCAGCCUUUUAAAUGAUCUUUCUAGAAGUCAGAUUGGUAAAGCAAUCCUCAGCCAACCUGCAUGUGUGUCCAAGCUACUUUCAUUAUUGUUGGACCAGCGACCGUCUCCCAAGCUGGUGCUCAUCAUUCUUCAACUGUGCCGUGCUGCCUUGCCUCUCAUGAGUGUGGAAGAUUGUGGGAAUGUGGAGCUGCCUCCAUGGAGCUACUCUGUACCUUCCCUGGAAAAUGAACAAGAUGAUCCUGGUGAUCCAGCUUCAAAUAUUGCAUCACUUCUUUUAGCUAAACUUGCUGACUAUGUUGUACCAGGGUGUCAAACUGUGCUGUCUCCAAGCACAUCAGAAGCCGGUGGUUCUUUUGCAAAAUCAAGCCCAAAAAACUCAAUGAAAGCAGACAAAGAUAGUGGAGAGGAAAGUGAGGCAAUUGAUGGCAAGCUCUCAAUCUUAAUUCAUAAACGUGAAGAUCAAUCAUCCCAUGAAGUUCUACAGCCAUUACUUAGUAGUUCAGAAGGACGUCCUUUCCGACUGGGCACUGGAGCCAACAUGGAGAAAGUAGUAAAGAUGGAUCGAGAUAUGACUAAAAGUGGAUACUGUGAAGUUAUCACAGAAGAGGCAGCUGCAGCCUUGCGCAAGGCGACCAAGUGGGCACAGUCAGGGCUAAUUGUCAGUGUGGGACCACCAGUAGAUGUUGCUGCUCAGGAGGCUAUUAGUGGACUGACAACUGGCGAUAAGAAAAAGACUGCUCAGACAUCCAUUUGCAGAGAGAAAAAUGCAGAACUUGCCAGGACAGACCCAGUCAGACCCUUUAUCAGUGGUCACGUAGCAAACAGCAUGGCAGCAGAGGUGAUUGCUCUGUUGCACAACUUGCUGAUGGCUCCCGAGUUCAGCACGGCUCAGAUAUGGACCACUACAGCAGAAAAGGUUCUUUCUCGAGCAUUGAUGUAUAUCCCUCAGCUUGGUAAAUAUGCAGAGAGUGUCUUGGAGAAUGGAAGUAGCAGUGGGAGAAAAUUGGCAAAACUACAAGCUAUUGGACGGCAAGCAGUAGCUGCACUCUGUGCACUUGGUGGCUUCAAAGAAACCAUUAAGAUAGGAUCUGAAGUACAGAUUUCAGGGAAGGGGAUAUCAGGAAGCAUUGGAGUGGUGACCUCCAUUAAUGAGCAAGAAGGAAUUGCCACAGUCCGGCUCCCUUUAUCUAGUUGUCGAAAGGCGUCGAAAGCAUCAGAUAUAGUAACUGUUCCAUUAUCAAGACUCUGUACUCCACGAUGUGAGGCCUUGCCCUUGCAUAAACUGUCCAUCACUGAGAAAGUAGUGCAAGCAGUUCAAUCCAUGUUGCUUCCACAGGAAGGCAGUCUCUCAAUUCUGACCUCACUCCCUGCAGUAGGUGAUGGCUCCACCCCUGUGAUGGCAGUAGUACGACUCGUAGCUGAAAUAAGAACUAGAGCAUGCUUAGUGAUGGCCCAGUUACUGGAGGAUAGUUUAUUCUGCGAGGAAUUUAUUCAGCAGUGUCCUGCUGCAGUUGAAGUCCUAAACCUGGUAGCACAGGAAUGCAGUCCGGGUGAGCGACUGGUGGUGGUAGAGGCUCAGUGUGAGAGAUUGCGGAUGUUAUAUAGAGACUGUGCCCGCCCUCCUCCUCCCCCCCUACAGUCUGACAGGAGGCAGCCAAAAGAAAUUACUUGGUCCCCCUCUCGUGUUUUUCCUCCAGUACGUGCAUGCAUGUUUUCAUCUCAUCUUACUGCUGUAACAUUCCUAGCCGAUCCAAGUGCAGGAGGGGGUUUGCCUCGUGGGACAUUCAUCUAUUCUACAUCACAGAUACCUGUGCAGGCGCCAUCAUUUUAUUGGGAAUUGGAAAUUGUUUCGUAUGGAGACACAGAUGACGACAGUGGCCCCAUUGUGUCUUUUGGAUUUGCAACAGAAGCUGAGAAAAGGGAUGGAGCUUGGACAAAUCCAGUUGGAACCUGCCUCUUCCACAACAACGGGAGAGCUGUGCAUUACAACGGAUCCAGUCUGCUGCAGUGGAAGAGUGUCCGAUUAGAUGUCACCCUGUCACCUGGUGAUGUUGCGGGUAUUGGAUGGGAGAGAAGUGACGGAACUCCUCCACCACCUGGUCAGCCAACGAAAGGCAGAGUAUAUUUCACAUACUGUGGUCAGCGACUCAGCCCCUUUCUCGAGGAUGUGUCUGGUGGAAUGUGGCCAGUGGUUCACAUUCAGAAAAAGAAUACUAAAGUUCGCGCAAACUUCGGAUGCCGUCCUUUUGCUUAUGCAGAGGGUCAAGCUCACCGGAAUGCAGCUGACCUUUGUGUUGAUCUAGCAGAAGAAAUUAGUGCCAACUUUGAAGCUUUGCCAUUUGCCAUGGCUUCAGACAGUGAUAAUGACGCUGGUGCUAGUGUGGCAUCAGAUUCUGGGUCCCAUGGACCACCCUGUCGAAUUGCAGCAACUGGUGCAGCACAACAGCAAUAUGACAGUGACGCCUCGUGCCAUUACAAAGUGGAAUUGAGCUAUGAAAAUUUUUUGAUAUCUGGUCCAUACUCUCAUUCGCCAGCAAUGGCUGAUGAUGAAAGCGAUGAUGAUGAAGAUGAUGACGUUCCAAGGGAGGAUCAUUAUGCACUUCUUGUUAAAGCCUGGGAAACCAAAGUCUUCCCUACAAUCCGCAGACGAUUCCGGAAUGAAGCAGAGAGGAAGUCUGGAUUGGAUCAGAUAAAGGGUGCGCUGCAGCUUGGUAUGGUGGACAUUGCUCGCCAGACUGUGGAGUUCCUUUAUGAAGAAAAUGGUGGCAUUCCCAGAGAUCUCUACCUUCCAACCAUUGAGGAUAUUAAAGAUGAAGCCAAUAAGUUCACAAUGAAUAAAGUUCGCAAAGGCCUAACAGUGGUGAUCCGGUAUCCAGAUAGUAAUAAUCUCAACAGCAGCACUGGUGGCACUGCUUUACCAAAGUUUGCUAUCCGAGGAAUGAUGAAAACUUUUGGUUUGAAUGGAGUUGUUCUUGAUGUUGAUACGGCUAAUGAACUGGUUCAGGUGGAGACAUAUUUACGAAGUGAAGGUGUGCUAGUUCGUUACUGGUAUCCAAUUGACAUGCUGGAACGUCCUCCUACAGGAUACAGACGCACAGCUGCUUAUGGACUGGUUACUUUGGAUAACACAAAUAUCCAAAUUCACAGAGAGUUGCUACGCUGUGAAGCUUCUUUGGCUAGACUGUACUGUCGUAUGGCUUUGCUCAACAUAUUUGCUCCCAAGUCUCCACAUACUUUCACUCGGUUAUUCCACAUCCCUGCGGUUCGUGACAUAACACUGGAGCAUCUUCAGCUUCUGUCCAAUCAGCUUCUGGCCCCACCACUAUCAGAUGGAACAAUCAGCUCUAAUUCAAUUCUCCUGACUCAGUCCCUCCAGCAUUGUAACCAGGGUCAGAACUGCUCUCCCACUGAUCUCUUCUACCAGGGCAAUUCCAGUACUAUCAGAGAAUGGCUUACUGUUGCUAUAACUAGAGCCUUACACCAAGGUGAAGAGAGUUUGCUGGAUUUAACAAAACAGAUCUGCUCUUUCCUGCAGCAUUCACCAGAACAGUUUCCUUCUGAAGAAUUCCCAGUGACUGAGUCAAAAGUGAGCAUGGAUGUACAUUUUCCAGGAGCUGCCUUUGUAAUGGUCUCUUGCAAGGAAAGUCCAGCAGGGUUUCGGAAAGAUUCUUCUUUGUAUAAGGCUCCUUGGGUAAGAGUACUGGUCUAUGGAUUGGGUCACAAAGUGCGGAAAAAUGGACAACUUAGCCUGACAGAAACAGUGUGUUACCCAAAAGAUGCAUCACCCACAAACACUGGUCUCACUCCACCCCCUACUACAAAUCAGUAUCCUUCUGUUGUCAUCCCUACUGACAAGCUGCAUGUUAAACUAGGUGUGUCUCCGCCACCUGGUGCGGUGCUGGUGUUAAACUCAUUGCCUCUGGAAUUUCCUCUGGCAAUGGCAUUUGCUGAACAGUUGCUGACAUGGAAACUGGUUGAAAGAGAUGGUAAAUCUGAAGAUGAACUUGAUGCUAUUCCUGGAUCUGUUCUCCUGCAGGUUGUUGAGCUGUUUGCCAACCUAUUGUGGACAACAGAUCUGGCUCCCAGCAUAAAGGAGAUGAUAUUCCACCUUCUAGCUGAACUGCUACGUAAAAUUCACCAGAUGGAACAAAAAAAGAAUCCAUCUGGCCUAUCAUCAUCUAUAGCCAUCCAACUGAAUCCAUGCCUGGCUGUUCUGAUGGCAAUUCAAACUGAGCUCCGUAAACUGUAUGAUGAAGAAACACAAAAUUGGGUGACUGGGAACAGUUCUGGAAUUGGAGUUGGUGUGACUGACCAGGGUCGCUUUUCCACCUACUUCCAUGCUUUGAUGGAGAUAUGUCUUGCAGUUGCAGAGGUAACACUGCCCAUUAAUGUGAGCUCUGCAGUGAAUGUGAUGACCUCCACGAGUGCACCAAGUCUCAGCGAUUCCUCUUCCUCCUCCUCAUCUUCACCUGGGCAGACACCACAGAGCCCAAGCUUACUCUCCAAGCGGAAAAAAGUCAAAAUGAAACGAGAGAAGACAUCAGCAACAGGGAAACGGCUCACCUCACGAGGUAGUGAAAGUGACGCUUCAAUCCUGAAUAUUAGUGGAAGUAAACCUGAAGAUAUGCUUUGGUUCCAUAGAGCUUUGACUUUACUCAUGAUCCUCCGUCAUCUAACGAAGAAGGACCCUCAGGGUCUUGGAAUGACAAAUGAUGCAAUUGCAGAUGCCUGCCAAGCCUUGGUAGGCUCUACCUCCCACAGCAGGUUGCUGGUAAUCUCAGGCAUUCCAACACAUCUCGAGGAAUGUAUUGUCCGAAGUGCCAUUCGCAGGGCAUGCAGUGCACAUGGUGGCGUAUUCAAAGAUGAGAUUUACAUACCACUACAAGAUGAUGACCCCAAGCGGUUGAAGACAAAAGCUGAUGGCAAGGUGGAAAUGGAUAAGUCGACAACAGUCAACAGUAUAGACAGUAUGGAUGUAAGCAGUGGCAGCAGUGUGACGCCAGCUAUGAGUAUGAGUGCCUCUGCCUCUACCAGUCAGACCUCAAUUUGCAGCUCACAAUGUGUUUCUCGGACAGCAAGUGAUCUUUCAGUAGACCAAUAUCAAGCAAGUCAUGACGUGAAUGCUCCACAGGGAAUGAUUGAUCCCCACACAGUUUCCAGCCAGGAGAGUCUGGACUUGUCCCUGUGCAGUACAGGAAGCUUAGGCAGUCUUGGUAGUCUCGGAGAACCCAUGGACAGUGCAGACUCGGCUUCUAUCUCAGACGUUGGAUCAAUGUACACAGUCACAUCACUGGACAACAAUCCACUUGUGUCGAGGUCCAUCAAAGGCUAUGCCAUUGUUGAGGUAAGAGCCAGGGCAAAGAUUGAAAAAAUCCGUGCCAGUCUCUUCAAUAGCAGUGACUUAAUUGGAUUGUCUAGCCUGGAGGGAGAAGAUGAAUUGAUGGAGAUGUCAACAGAGGAGAUUUUAACUGUGUCUACUGUAAACCAGAGCUUGUUUGACACUCAGGGUAGUUCAGCAUUGGAAGAUUAUUUCACUGAAAAACUAAUCAAAGGGAAAAUUGUAAAGCAUGGAAAACUAAAAAUUCUAAAACUGAAAGAACUGAAAUGUCGGCAGUUCAAAAGUGAUAAGGUGGUUCCUGGAGUUCGCGAUGUUCUUGCAGAGAUAUUCCGAAGCUGUAUACAUUCAGAGCAGAUGCUGAGUCUUGCUCCAGCCAAACCCAUCAAAGUUUCCGACAUUUUCCUCAGCAAAGAACAGAUCAACUCUCAGACACCAGGAAACCUGUUGCAAAUAUUUUUCACCAAUGUCCGACCACCAAAGAAAGUUCUGGAGGAUCAACUCACACAGAUACUGCGGAAGUAUGGCAUACCCAAGCCAAAAUUUGACAAGAGCAAGUACAGUAAAGCAGGAAAGGAGCAGCACCCCGGGAAAGUAGUCAGCACAAAAAGACCAAUUGGCAAGCCUCCAGGCAAAGACAGGUCCGUGCUGAACAGCGUCAGAACUGCACUGAGUGAGAAGAGACCGAUUGUGAAAGCAAAGUCACCUGAAAAGAGCAGCAAACCUGAGGACAAAGACCCCGAGAAGUCACCAGCAAAGAAACAAGAAGCACCGGAAGAAAAGUAUUUAACUUUAGAUGGUUUCCAGAAAUUUGUUAUUGAUAGGUCAAAGCAAGACAUCCGAAGCGUGUGGCGGGCAAUUCUUUCUUGUGGAUAUGAUCUUCACUUUGACAGGUGUGCCUGUAUUGACACCAGACAUGCCCAGAGAUCCUGCAAAAAAUGGACUCUGGAGAUGGAUGUUGCACUUGUACAAUAUGUCAACCGUCUCUGUCGUCAUCUUGCCAUCACCCCAAGCCGACUUCAUCCUCAUGAAGUUUAUCUCGACCCGGCAGAUAUGCCUGACCCAAGGAUUGUGUGCUUGCUAAAUGUUCCAAUUGAAAGCCUUCGGCUUCGUUUUGCUUUGCUUCAGUCCUUGAACAACACUUUGGAGACGUUCUUCCUCCCACUGGUGGAGCUCAGACAGACACCUACAUAUAUGGACAGCAUUGCAGCACUGCUACAGGAAUCUAAAGGCCUGGUCUUUUACGAUACUAAAGUAGCUGUGAUGAACAGGGUUUUAAAUGCAACAGUACAACGAACCGCAGACCAUGCUGCACCUGAAAUAACUCUGGAUCCACUGGAAAUAGUGGGAGGUGAAAUUCGUUCAUCAGAGAACACUUACUUCUGUCAGGCAGCUCGACAGCUGGCAUUAGUUCCUUCCUCCCAACUCUGUGUCAAGCUGGCAAGUGGUGGGGACCCAACCUAUGCCUUUAAUAUUCGCUUCACUGGUGAAGAAGUACAUGGAACAAGUGGAUCAUUCCGUCAUUUUCUGUGGCAAGUAUGUAAAGAGUUACAGAGUUCAGCACUUUCACUUCUUGUGCCUUGUCCAAGUUCCGCUGCCAACAGAAAUAAGGGCAAGCACAUUCUGACCCCUGGCCCAAUAACUUAUACAGAGGAGCAGCUACUUCAUUUCUUUGGACAGCUACUUGGAAUUGCUAUCCGAGCAGAUGUCCCACUCCCUCUUGAUCUUCUCCCAACAUUUUGGAAAACUUUGGUUGGUGAGCCACUGGACCCUGAGUGGGAUCUGCAGGAGGUGGACAUUUUGACAUACAACUACAUCAAGAAAUUUGAGACUGUUAAUGAUGAGACAGAACUUGAGGCAUUAUGUGCUGAAGUAACAUCACAUCACUUGACUACAGAGAGUCCUGACUCUCCCAACAAGCCAAGCUGUAAGUUCAGCUACAUUACCAUGACAGGCGAGGAAGUGGAACUGUGUCCUGGAGGCAGUGAUAUCACUGUUGUCUGGGAAAAUAAAGAUGCCUAUGCUGCUGCGAUCCGAAAUCUGAGAAUGCAGGAAAUUGAAAACACUCACUGCAUGACUGCAGUGCGGGCUGGGCUUGGCUCCAUCAUUCCCUUACAGCUGCUGACAUUGCCAACACCCCUGGAGAUGGAGCUGAGGACAUGUGGUCUGCCUUACAUCAACCUGGAGUUUCUGAAGGCUCACACCAUGUACCAAGUGGGUCUGAUGGAGACUGAUCAGCAUAUUGAGUUCUUCUGGACAGCACUGGAAAUGUUUACACAAGAGGAACUCUGCAAGUUCAUCAAGUUUGCUUGUAAUCAAGAACGAAUACCCUUCACUUGUCCAUGCAAAGAUGGAGGUCCAGAUACUGCCCAUGUUCCACCAUAUCCUAUGAAGAUUGCCCCUCCUGAUGGAGCUGCAGGUUCACCAGAUUCCCGAUACAUCAGGGUAGAAACUUGUAUGUUCAUGAUCAAACUUCCUCAGUAUUCCUCACUCGAUAUCAUGCUGGAAAAACUCCGUUAUGCCAUCCACUACCGUGAAGACCCUCUCAGCGGCUGAGCAGGUUGCACCCAGAGUUUCCACAUCCUUUCACAACACAUGGUGAUGCCCGAGAACCUCCUUAACCCUGCUUUUAAGAAAGAAAUAAAGGAAUUGGGGUGGAAGUACAGAUGGAGUCUGAGCCAUAGUCCGGAGCAGUUCAUCCUGAACAUGCCUCGAGCAAAAUGCUUCCACUCUGGUGCAAACUUUCUUUUUGUAAAUUUCCAUUUCUAUUGAUGGACUAAAACUGGUGUGUUGCUGUCUUGUUAAGCAGCUAUUCCAAGAGCGUAUGGUGCUUUCACCACAACAACAGAGUAUGUUACUGUAACUUUAAAACACAAAUACUUGUGUUCAAACAGAAUAUUAGUUGAUUGUAGAAUUACUGUUUUAUAUUUGUGAUCUUAACUUUGGAGCAGAAUUUUACCUACUGUCACAAUUGAGAGAAAAGUUAUUGCUUUUGCUUGUGAAACUUACACAGAGGAUGCCAACAUUCAGGAUUAAGUUUGGCUUCUAAAAUGUCAAAUGUAUCACGUGCAACAGAACUGAAAUGCUCCAAAGUUAAUAUGUUGUGAUUGGUGUACAGGAAGGCUUACCUCUACCUACCUGCUAAGAAACUUUUAGUUGUAGGUGGAUAUGUAUGAAUCAUGUGACCUUGGCUGCCUCCCCUUUUCUCCUUUCCCCUCCCCACCAUCCAAAAGCGUGUGUACUUUUGGUAUAUUGGGUCAGCACAUGCCAAACUUCUUCAUCGAGUCUCUCAGCUGUUCUUGCCUCAUUUUGAUGGAUUCUGUCACACUGGCUUCAUCCUUGGCUACAAAUAUUUUCAUGCUCUGUUCCCUGUUUUCAGUGGUUUUAAGGUGUUUUGAAAUAGGACGAAGAGCCUUGGAUUAGAGCUGGACAGGGGAAUUUAUUAACAACCUGGAAUGGAUCAAUUCAGUGGAACCUGGUGAUGAGAUUUUAAGUAUGUAAUGUUGUGGCAGUUAUUCAGAAAUUUUAUUUUGCAUCAAGGGAUCAGUUGCUGAAACAGUUAGUUUUAACUCACCAUUUUUGUUUAAACCUGUGUUAGGCUUUCAAAUUACAUCCCUUGCUGGCUGAAUAGUUACUCUGGGACAAUGUUGCAUUAACAAAUGACUAAGAUGUGCGUGAGUGUGGCCUAGAAUUACUUCUGGGUUUUUUUCCGUUGUCUGCCUUCAGCACAGUUGAAGGAGGCUUACAUCACAGCAGAUUGGAGCAUGGAUUGUAAACCCUAAAUCAAGUCCAGUUGCCUUUUUUGAACUUUUAUUAAAUUCACACUCCAAAGCAACAGCAUGAACUCCAAUUAAUGAAAAAUGAAAUAAUCCUGAUGUGGCUUUGAUUUGAAAUUUGCUUUGAAAAUAGCCUGAGUUACAUGCAAUCUUCACCACACAGUUGCGUACACUGGAAUUUUUGUCCCAAUUCUAUAUGACGUGGGAAGCUUCUCAAGUCUAACUUGGUGGCCAUUUUGAAAUAAUAUUUUGUACUGUUUAAUAAUUAUGCAUGGAAGUUUCAGAACUCAUUCAUUGGCAGUAGCUUGGUUAACUGUAUCCUUAGUGCCAUUUGUUUUAGGGGCACAUUGACAACUGUGCUGCUUAAGAAGAUGUUGAACUGAUGUCAUGGAUUUUAUAUUAUUGCUCAUCAUUCCCAGUGCUUUCAUCCUAGCCAGUCAGUUUAAUUGUGUUUGGGAUUUGGAAGAGGGGAGUUAAGUAGAAGUGGAAAGCACAUCGCCUAGAGUGAAAAUAGCUAGUGGUCUCUAUCUGUGCAGAUUACCUUUUUUUGAGAUAUUAAAAUUGACAGGAACCAGCAUUGCAUUUUGUAAUCUGGUUGGGUGAAUUUACUGCUAUCUGACGUAGAGCGAACAGCAUUAAUACAUUUCCAUGGAGAAUCCCAUAGAAAUCAUAAAUUUAGUUAUGGAUUAGAAUUCUUUGAAUUUCUGAAUGUUUUCUGAUAUUUGAAAUGAAGACCUGUAAAGAGGAAAGGUGUUAGCAUUCAAUUUGGCAGUGUAUUGUAUGUGCAGCAGUGCAUGUGUGAUGUUUAAUUACACUUCAAUUGUAUAUAUUAAAAUAUUUAAGUUCUUUCUGCCCCAAAUUUUAUGGGUUUAAAUUCUCAGAUGCUUGAAACAGUGUUUUAAUUCUGCAUUCAUAUAGUUCAUAGAUUAUUGCUGGGUAAACUUGUGAAUUGAUUCAGUAGCCAAGAAGCCCUUGGGAUGAAUAGUUAAAUGAAGGUUAGAAGGUAGAACAUUAACUUCUUGCAGCUUUUUGUCCUUAUGGGUUCCUAGUAUGUUUAUGAAAGGGGGUGGGAGCCAUGUGUCAUGUAGAAUGUGUGGAACCUCAAAUCAAUAUCUACCCUGGCUAAUAAUCCCAUCAUUCCUUGUAAUGGUUACUCAUUCUACUUUAUAUUUAAAAAAUUGAGCUGUGAAAAUGGGGUUGACAAAGUAAAAGAUUUUGUUCUGAUGUAAUACUCACCAACAUGUUAUAUUUAUCAGGAUUGCUUAUAAAACUUGAACUAAAACUACCUUUAAAGUUAUUCUGGAUUUAAUCAGGAGCACUUUUAUGGAGUUAGAGCUGAAGUCACAAAAGCUUGGGGAGUUUGUGGAAAGCAGUUUGUUACUGGCUAUCAAGGAUAUGGCAAAAGAGAAGGAAUAGUCUCAAGGGCCAUGAACGUGUAAAUGUUGCUGGAUUUAAUCCAGCUCUUUGUCCAGGAUGUUUGUUUUAAAGCUCAUAGUAGGAGACUUGAAGAAUACACACACAGCUUCUGGAUACACAAUAUAGUGUAAUGUAAUCUAUUAUAGGGUGUAGAGUGCAUAUCAUCUUUUGCUGUGCAAUGGUCAGAUGGCCUGUAAGUUAUAUAAGUGAAGGCUCUGUUUAAUAACUGAGUGAGUGAAUGAACAUUUUGUGUAAUUAUAGUUGUUUGGCAGACAGAGUGCAGAGAUCCACAGCAAGUGUUGGUGUUUACUUUAUUUUUCAGUUUUCACAAAUUAUACAGUACACAUGCAACUUCUGGAAUAAGAUUCCUGUACUGUGAAAGGUUGAGUGUGUCUACCAGACUGGUUGGUGAAUAUCACCUAUGAAACAAGAUUGAACUGAUUGGGAUAAAUAGAAUGUACAGGAACAAAUUUUUGUUUACCGAUACCUUUUAUUGUACAAGUUGCACCCCUGUAAUUAACCCUUCACUUUUAAAAUAAAAAUACAAUGACAUGAAUGCAUUUGAUAGGUUAGUCUUAAUCCAGUGCUUAAAUUAGAAAUUGUUUUCUGUAGUUUCAUGAAGUUCAAACAACAACACAUCCAACUGUUUCUUUAGACAGAUGUGCAUUAUAUUGUUGCUUGAACAAUCACUUACCCUUGUUCUUAAUUUACACUGAUACCUGUGUGGAUCUGGCUCUUUGUUCCUACCCUAUUAAGAGUGAUGUGCUGGUUGUGGUGAUGUUAAUCUGCUGCUACAACUGCUCCAUUUUACUGAGAGCAUCCAGAUGAAGUUUAAUUUUUAAAGACAUAUCAACAUACAGGUGUUAAUGUGCUCUGUACAGUCAUUGAUGUAUAUUUAUUGCAAUUAUUUAUGAAUGCAUCUUAAAAUCAUCUGUAAUGUUGAUCUUGUCUGCAGUGGUACUUAAAGCAGUGAUGUAUGAAUGGGAAUUACAUUCAUAUUAAAAAUCUGAAACAUUU